ACGCGUCUCUGACCGCUCUUGCCCCGGUGAGCGAGAGGUUUCCGCUUGACCUUGUGCUCCCGGGUAGUGCUUCCGGGUCAUGGCGAUGGUGUCCCGCAUGUGCUGCUGAGCGAGAAAUGCAAACAUGGCAUCCAUGGAAGAAAACUUCCCUCGAGGUGGCACCCAGAAAAAACCUUCAGAGGGAAAAGCACCCAGGCGACCAAUAGAGCAGGAUAACUUAUUUGAUACUCAUAAUGAAGAAGGAUCCCAGAAAAGGAAGAGAAUCCAAGAAGAUCAAGGAAAGCGGAAAAAGCUCAAGGCAGAGAAAAAGGAAGUCAUUAAAGCUAAUGCCAAGGAUUUUGAACUUCUCACGGUUGAGGCCCUGAGUGAGGGGAUGCUGCUGCUCGGCUGCGUGAAGGAGUCUAACGACUUUGAGUUAGUGGUCAGUUUGCCUAAUGGACUCACUGGAUUUGUGCAAGUGACGCACAUUUGCGAUGCCUACAGCAAAAUGCUGAAUGCGCAAGUGGCCACGGAAGAGCUCCUGGAGGAUUUGAACUCGCUGUCGGACCUGUACCCCCCUGGAAUGCUGAUCAGAUGCACCGUGACCAGCGUGGGGAAAACCAUGGAUGGACACCAGAGUGUCAAGCUGUCAAUUAACCCCAAAGAUGUCAACAAGGCUCUGAACACUACAGCUCUUAGAUCCGGCAUGUUGCUAUCUGGCUUGGUAUCUAGUGUGGAAGAUCACGGCUACCUCAUAGAUAUUGGAGUCAGUGGUGCUAAAGCAUUUCUGCCUCGUCAGAAGUCCCAGAGUUACAUCAAAUCAGCCAACAAAGGGGCUGAGCUGAAAAUAGGCCAGUAUCUGAACUGUCUCAUUGAAGAAGUGAAAAACAACGGAAGAAUUGUCCGUCUGUCCAUUAGUCAGUCGGAGGUUGCUGCAGCCAUUGCAACAGAGGAACAGAACUGGACGCUCAGUAACUUAUUGCCAGGGCUGGUGGUGAAAGCACAGGUGCAGAAGGUGACCCCAUAUGGCAUCACUCUGAGUUUCCUCUCCUCCUUCACUGGGAUUGUGGACUUCAUGCAUCUGGAUCCGAAGAAAGUGGGGAGUUAUUCACAAAGUCAGACGGUGAAGGCCUGCAUCUUCUCUGUUCAUCCCACCUCCAAAGCAGUCCGGCUCACCCUGCGGCAGGUCUUCCUUCAGCCUGGCAGCAUGCUAGGCCAGCUCGCCAGCAGUCGGAUUGGCAUGGUGGUGGAAGAGGCAGUGGUGAAGAGCUUCCACACAAAGACUGGUGCCAUCUUUGAACUGGACGACGGCACUCUGGCUUUUGCACGUCUGAAGCAUCUUUCAGACACCAAAAAAUCCUUCAAACCUGGGGCAUUUAAGACGGGAAGCAAGCACAGAUGUCGAAUCGUUGACUACAGCCUUAUGGAUGAGCUGGCCCUGUUGUCUCUGAAACAUCGAAUUAUUGCUGCUCCGUUUCUGAGAUACCAAGACAUCUGUCCCGGGCACGUGGUGGAGGGCAAAGUGUUGGCUCUGAAACCCUUGGGGAUGCAGGUGAAGGUGACGGAUCACAUCAGGGGGCUGGUGCCUCGCCUACACCUGGCGGACGUGCUCCUGAAACAGCCCGAGAAGAAGUACAGCGUGGGCGGCGAAGUCAAGUGCCGGGUGUUAAUAUCCAAUCCUGAAAAAAAGAAGCUGAUCCUAACUCUGAAGAAAACUCUGGUCAUGUCGAAAUUUCCAGUCCUCACUAGUUACGAGGCUGCAAAGCCCGGCCUGAUCGCUCAUGGCUUCAUUGUGUGCGCGAGGGAGUUUGGCUGCAUUGUGAAGUUCUACAAUGACGUUAAAGGUCUGGUUCCCAAGAAUGAGCUGAGCUCAGAGCCCAUAUCUUCCCCAGAGAAAGUCUUCUACAAAGGCCAGGUUGUCAAAGUCAUAGUCUUAAAAUGUGAGCCUGAGCAGGAGAAGCUGCUGCUGUCAUUCAAGUUGAUGAGCAGACCUGUCUCUGAGGAUGGAGGAGAACAAAUUCCAAAGAAGAAUCGGGAAGUAACUUACGAAACUGGGCAGAUGGUUGAUGUGAAGGUCCUGAAGAAGAAAGAUAAUGGCCUGGAGGUUUCCAUCUUGUCGGACAAUGUUUCUGCCCACCUUCCCAUGAUGCAUCUGUCUGACCAUGUGGUUAACUGUAAACUCCUGUACCAUUGGCUCCAAGAGGGUGACAUCCUCCACAGGGUUAUGUGCCUAAGUGACAAGGGAGGACACAUUACCCUGUGCAGAAAGCCUGCAGUGAUCUCUGCUGUACAGGAGGAGCAAGUGGUGAGGAGCUUCUCUGAAAUCCAACCUGGGAUGCAGCUGGCUGGUUACGUGAGGAACAUUAUGUCCUAUGGAGUGUUUGUGGAGUUCCCAUUUGGUCUAGCUGGACUGGCCCCCAAAGCGGCCAUGAGUGACAAGUUUGUGACAGACACCAAAGACCAUUUUGUGGUGGGACAGACGGUGGUUGCCAAUGUGACGAGCAUGGACGAGGAGAAGCAGCGUAUCCUCUUGUGUCUGAAGCUGUCUGAGGUCGGCUCGGAAGACCCCGUCGCUGAGAGCUUCUCCUUACUGAGCCAGUGCUUUGAGGAGCUGAAGGAGGUCAGGGGCAUUCUGAGCAGAAGAAAUCAUUCCAAGGUGGCCCAAAACCUCUGUGGAUUGAUACCUGGGCAGAAACUUGAGCUGGUUGUUCAGGAAGUGCAGGGGGAUGGCUCAGCAUUCUUCAACGGCAGCUGUGUUGCUGGGCUGACCGUAACAGCCACUCGCUAUCAUGUUGGAGACAAGAGCUUGGUUGCUGGUCAAAAAGCAAGAGUCUUGGUUCUUCAUGUUGAUGCCCUCAAAUCAGCGGUUCACGUCUCCCUUCGAGAAGAGCUGUUGCACACAAAAGCCAAAGGGCUAAUGGAAAACUCCCAGCAGCCUGCUGUCGUGCAGCAUGUAGCAGAAGAGUUUGCCAUUGCCUCGUUGGUGGAGACAGGUCAGCUGACUGCCAUUCCUGUGGCCUCUCACUUCAAUGACACGUUCCGUUUUGACUCUGAGAAGCUGAAGGUGGGACAGGUUGUCUCUGUAACCUUAAAAACCGUGCUGACAGGUGACCAUGGCAUCCUGUUAGCAGUGCAAGGCCCAGCAAAGAAAAGGGCUUUUAUAAGGUCCCGGAAAGAGUCAGAGACCGUAGAGGAAGGCUUGGCUGCAGUGAAACACUCCCUGUGCUUAGGAGAUGUGGUCAAGGGAACUGUGAAGUCCGUCAGACCUACCUACGUGACAGUUGCCAUUGAUGACAAGCUAACGGGCUCCAUCCACACGUCCCAGAUCCUGGAUGAAGUCCCCAUAGGCACCUUUCCAACAUCCAGGCUGAAAGCUGGGCAGAAGGUGACAGCCCGGGUCAUUGGAGGCAGAGAUGUGAAGACUCACAGGUAUUUGCCCAUCACCCAUCCACACUUCACUCAGUCCAUUCCAGAGCUCAGCAUUCGACCCAGUGAUCUGAAGGGGGAUGGUGGCACAGCUCUGAGCCCCGAAGGAGACAAUCCCAGUGAACGGCUCAGGCCCUACAAAGCUGGGCAGACGGUGACCUGCUUUGUGAAGAAGUACAACACCACCAAGACUUGGCUGGAGGUGGAGAUCACCCCUGAGAUUCGAGGAAGAGUUCCCCAGCUUCUGCUUUCCCUUAACCCGAAGGUCUUAAAGCAUCCAGAAAAGAGCUUCAAGAAUGGCCAAGCUUUGUCUGCAACAGUGACUGGCACAGAUGCCUCUGAGACCAACCUCUGCCUGUCACUUACAGGAGUCCACUCGCUGGCGGAAGGAACCAUCACCCUGGGCACCAUAACAAAGGUGACUCCACACGUCUGCCUCACCAUUGCACUUCCCUUCGGAAAGACCGGCAAAGCCAGUAUCUUUCACCUGAGUGAUUCAUACGCUGAGCAGCCGCUAGAGAACUUCAGCAUCGGGAAGCUUGUCAGGUGUUGUGUCCUAUCCAAUGAAGACAACAAAAUAGAAAUAUCUCUCCGGCAAUCCAGGACAAAUCCAAAGAGCAAAAACAAAGUGGAAGAUCCUGAAAUUACAUGUGUUGAGGAUGUUCGGGAAGGCCAGCUGGUCAGAGGCUAUGUCAGAUCUGUCAAGCAGUCAGGCGUGUUUUGUGGUUUGUCUAGCUCAGUUGUGGGCCGAGUCCAAUUCCACAAAGUCGUCCCCUUCUUCAUACCGAAACAAUCUUUGUAUGAGCAGUACGUGCCGGAGGGGAAGUUCCUCACUGCCAAGGUCCUCAGUGUAAAUAAUAGAGAGAGCCAUGUUGAGCUCUCUCUCCUCCCUGAGGACACUGGGAAGCCAAGCAUCCUGCCUGAGUCACUGGGCCUGCCACGCUGUGACACAGAUGAGGGGAAGGGCAAGGAGAAGAGAGAGGAGUUCAAGAAGCUGAGGUCAAAACAGAAAAGAAGAGUCUCGGAAGGCGAACAGGAGGUGAAGCCAGGGAAAAAGCGAGGUCGCCUGACGGACGGGGAUGACAGCGGCGUUGAGGUCUAUUGCCGGGAGGAGGAGGAGGAAGAUGAGGAGGAGAAUAAAAGGAAAUCCAAGCAGGAGACAAAACGUGCAGAGGCUCCAAGGCUGCAGGUUUCUAGUGGCUUCACUUGGGACGAGGGUUUAAAUGCCCUGGAGGUGCCAGUAUUUAAUCGGAAAGAGGAGAGCUCAGACAGCGAGGAAGAGGAUGACACACAGUCCAUGAGGAAGAAGCAGACGAAGAAGGAGCAGGAGGAGAAGCAGAGGGUGGAGAAGGAGCUCUCCAAGAUCGAAGCCGCCCUGAUGGACCCCAAUCGGCAGCCCCAGACGGCGGACGACUUUGACCGCUUGGUGCUGAGCAAUCCCAGCAGCUCCAUCCUGUGGCUGCAGUACAUGGCCUUCCACCUCCAAGCCACAGAGAUGGAGAAGGCCAGGGCGGUGGCGGAAAGGGCCCUCAAAACCAUCUCCUUCAGGGAGGAGCAGGAGAAGCUGAACGUGUGGGUAGCUCUGCUGAACCUAGAGAACAUGUAUGGCACGGAAGAGACACUGAUGAAGGUCUUUGAGAGGGCUGUUCAAUACAAUGAGCCCCUGAAGGUCUUCCAGCACCUGGCUGACAUCUAUGCCAGCUCUGAGAAAUACCAGCAAGCUGAUGACCUGUACAACACGAUACUGAAGCGUUUCCGCCAGGAGAAAUCAGUGUGGUUGAAAUACGCCACCUUCCUCCUGAAACGGGGCCAGGUGGAGGCCACGCACAGGCUUCUGGAACGCGCCCUGAAGGGCCUGCCAGAUAAAGAACAUGUGGAUGUGAUUUCCAAGUUUGCUCAGCUGGAGUUCCACUUUGGGGACCCUGAACAUGCCAAGGCCAUUUUUGAGAGCACGCUCAGCAGCUACCCAAAACGCACGGACAUCUGGUCCAUCUACAUAGACAUGAUGAUCAAACACGGCAGCCAGAAGGAAGUAAGGGAUAUUUUCGAGCGGGUCAUUCACCUGAGCCUGGCAGCAAAGAGGAUGAAGUUUUUCUUCAAGCGCUACCUGGAUUAUGAGAAGAAAUACGGCACGUCGGAAACCAUCCAGGCUGUGAAAGUAGCCGCACUGGAGUACGUCGAGUCCAAGAGCUCUCUUGCCGAGAGCUAACUCUCGGAGCAGAGAGACUCAAAUCCUGUUGCAGACUCUGUGUAUCUGGUGCUGGAGGUGGAGAUCCGCAGUAAUGGGCUGCCUGUGUCCAUAACUAGCGCGUUUCCUGAGAGUACCCAGCCGCCAGCUGAAUUGUCCAGGACCAAACUAAGGUGGAAAGAACAAAGUCUAGGAAGUAAACAUUUACAGGAGCUUUCCAUCUUGCCCCACGAUACAACAGACUUUUAACGUGUGGAUGAUUUUGGAUCUAGUUAUUUAAAUGCUGAUUGUUUUAUAAAUGGUAGAAACCGCUACCCUUUGUAUGGCUUUCCUGUCGAAAUGGGGCAGUUAGUGACUCUCCAUCAUUAAAUACAAUGAUUUGGCAUAA